CGCCUCCGGUGAGAGGUCAGAGGGAGGGAGGCGGCAGCGCCAUGAUGGCGGAUGGGAAGACGCCGUGCAGUGCGAAGGGGAGGCCCGGCCGGCGGCGGGCAGGACAUAAACGGUCGGCUGCCCCUAAAAAUGAAGAUGCUGAUCAGAGGAAAGCAGCCCUGGAGGCUUCUACUAGAAAAAAGAUUGAACUUGAGAGAAAGGCACUGCGUAUUGUUGAGCAGCUCCUGGAAGAGGACAUUACUGAAGAGUUCCUUCUGAAUUCUGGAAAAUGUAUUACUCCAUCUCACUAUAAGGACGUUGUUGAUGAACGGUCUAUCAUCAAACUAUGUGGUUACCCCGUAUGUCAAAAUAAACUGGAAAAUGUGCCAAAACAGAAGUACAGGAUUUCAACAAAAACUAACAGAGUUUACGAUAUUACUGAAAGAAAGUGCUUUUGCAGCAAUUUUUGCUACAAAGCAUCUAAAUAUUUUGAAGCUCAAAUUUCCAAGAGUCCAGUAUGGAUGCGAGAAGAAGAAAUACCAUCAGACAUAGAGCUGCUGAAGAAGGGGCAGAGUGGCCAAUCUGGAGAAGAAGUGAAAAUAUGUGAUGAAGUAGUUAAAGCUUCUGACAUUGAAAAUCCUAAGGUAUCUUCAACUCCGUAUGAAUCUGCUUCUUAUGGCACAGCCAGUGAUAGCAGUAGUGAUACCGAACAGGAAUUUGUUUCUUCUGUUCUACCGGGAAGUCAGACAAGUUCAGCCAGUCUUGCACAGCAAUCACACAGAAACAGCAUCCUCAAAAAGAAGCAUGUUCAGAAAGUCUGUUACAGCUCUAAGUCUGAAGGCACAGACAUGGUGGAAGUCACUGAACGACUCUCUAAUUGUAAAUUAGAUGCUCAGGAAGAAAUGCAUGCUUGCACAGUUCAAAAUAAAAUAACUGCGACGCCCUCAAAAAACACUACUCCAGGAGAAUCAAAUGCUUCUGAGAACUGUGAAAAUACUCAUAGCAAUUCACAGAUAAUCUUCCUGGGUGUGAGCAAAAAAGGAGCGGAAUACCUUAAAACACUAGUUAAUUCAAAACAACAUGAAAAAAUUCAGCUGGGGGAUCCAGUUCCUUUCUCGGCUGCCAAACACAGUUUAUUAGAACUGCUUAAGCAAACACUUACGGAAUGGAGAACUGAGGAAACCUUGGAGUAUUUGUAUGGCCCAAACUACACUUUAUGCUCAUCAGGAUGUGUAUCAUCUGCCAACCAAGAAAAUGAAGAACUUGACGAGGAUGACUUAGAUACACCCGAAGAUCUUAACAGUGCUGAUGUAGGGAAGUCUGAAAACAGUCUGAACUAUUCCUUACCUUUUAUGGGCUCAGGUGAAACAGUUAAGCCUGUGCCUAGUUAUGAAAAGUUAAAAGAAGAAACAGAGUUCCUACAACUCCGAGUAAGAGAGUUCUAUAAAGGAAAGUGCAUCUUGGCUGAAGAGGAGUUAGCACAUACACAAACAGAUGAACAUUCAAGUACAGACAAAGACGAUCAACAGCAAGACCUCACGUUCCCACUUGUUGAUUCAAAUGCACAAAUGCAGAUUAGAAAGCGAAUUGUCCUGGAAAAACUGAGAAAAGCAUUACCUGCAGUUUUGGGCCCUCUUCAGAUUACAUUAGGGGAUGUUUACACAGAGCUAAAAAAUCUUGUCAAAACUUUCCGGUUAACAAACAGAAAUAUUAUACACAAAAUGCCUGAAUGGACUCUAAUUGCUAUUGUUCUGUUAUCCGUAUUGUCACAAAAUAUCCCAGUGUUUAAAAAUACUCAGAGAAGCCCAGCGUACACACAGUUCCUGACCACAUUACUGGCAGAACUCCAUUUCAAAAAUGAAGAUCUGGAAAGUUUAACAAGAAUAUUUCGAGUGGACAGCCCACCUGAAUGAACAAGGUGAUCGUCUUAACAUCUCCUACCGCCUGAAAUAGCUGCAUGGGGAAAAACAAACACCUUCAGUUGCUGGAAUGUCACUUUUUAAAUGAAAAAUAAAAUGAAGUAUUCAUUGUA